AUGUAUCCGAAUCCGGCUGAUAUGUAUCUGUUACAUAAGCUGUUACACGCGAUCCAAACGCGUGUAACAGCUGAUAAGGUUCAUGGUGCAUUCGCAGGAUACAGUGGCAUCACAGUGGGCAUAUGCAACACCCACUACGUUUACCUUCCCAUACCUGAAGUUAUCUCCUACUCAAGGGCUGUGGAUCCUAACAGUCGAAUGUGGCAUCGUUGCUUGACAUCAACGGGCCAGCCAGAUUUCAUUUGA